AUGGGGGCUCCCAAGGAAAGUGGCUGCCCCGAGGAGUCAGGAAAGACCCGGACCAAAGACAAGUACCGCGUGGUCUACACCGACCACCAGCGCCUGGAGCUGGAAAAGGAGUUCCACUACAGCCGUUAUAUCACCAUCCGGCGGAAAUCGGAGCUGGCUGCCAACCUGGGGCUAACGGAACGGCAGGUGAAGAUCUGGUUCCAAAAUCGGAGGGCAAAGGAGCGCAAAGUGAACAAGAAGAAACAGCAGCAGCAGCAGCAGCAGCAGCAGCCUCCACAGCCACCACUGCCAGCCCACGAAGUCACCCCCACUGCCACUGGGCCGCCCCUGGGGGGCCUGUGUCCCAGCUCCACUGGCCUCCUGGGCGCCUCCUCCCCAAUGCCUGUCAAGGAGGAGUAUCUGCCUUAGCCCCCGGCCCAGCCUUGUGGGCU